AUGUUAAAAUAUUUCAUCCAAGCAUACAACAGAAGCUAUCAUAAUCAUCCUCUGAUUACUUUAGCAUGUGUGAAUGGGAUCCUUGCUUCAACAUCCGAUACUUUGGCUCAAUCUAUUAUCUUACUUAAAUCCUCGUCUUCUGAUAAAAAGCGAUGGUAUUUUUCGAAACCUCCCCCUAAAACCUUCACGGAUAAAGUUAUAGAAAAAAUUGACCAAACUCUUCCAGCACCACAUCAUGAAAACCUGAUUCCCGAUAAAGUGUCGCCUAAUGUUUCUGGCGGCAAUAAGUUUGACUUUGCACGGCUCGGAAGAUUUACAUCUUAUGGAUUUAUAAUUGCACCCAUCAUUCAUACUUGGUAUAGUUUUCUAGAUAAGAGAUUCCCUUUACCUACUGUGAAUUCUAAUUUCCCAGGAAGCAUUAAAAUAAGACAAAAUACGUUGCAAACUAUGAAAAUAGUUUUUAAAAGAGUUGUAGUAGAUCAGACAAUGUUUGCUCCUUUCGGAGUAUUUUUAUUCUUCGGGAUUAUUGGAGUUUUGGAAAGACAAGAAAUCAGCAAGAUUAAACAAAAAUUAGAAGAGGUAUGA